UUCAUAUUCACCUUCGAUCUUGAUUCCUCUAAAUUAUCAACAACAAAUAAACAUCUUCGAGCUUGACUCUACGAGUCAAAACAUCUAUAAUCCCACAGAACCAACCAACUUCUCUUCCACCAUGUGCCACUCCAGACGUAGCCGUCACGCUCCCAUCAUUGUUGUCGCUCCCAAUGGCAAUGGCCAACCCUCUAUGAUGGGCCAGCCUCAGUACUAUGGAUUCGAUAGUCGACGACACCAACGCCGUUGCCGCCACGGGCAACCCUGCACUUGCCGCGACAACCAAGCCUUCAUGACAGACGGGUCCUACACCGACUACAAUGACCCCUACCAAAUGGGCUAUGGAGCCUGCUACGGCCGUCGCCGUCGCCGCCAGGGACCUAUCUCCAUGCUUAUCGGAGGCAUCAUCAGUAUGGUCGAGCAAAAGCGUGCUGAGAAAGAGGCCGUUCGUGCCACGGAGGCGGCGGAGGAGGAGGACUCAGAUGACUCGACAAGCUCGGAUUCUGAUGAGGAUGAGAAGACCCGUGCAAAGAGACAACAAAAGAAACUGCGAAAACAGCAGCAGCAGCAGCAGCAGCAGCAGCAACAGGGAGUUGCUAUGGGCCCUAGUGGUAGGGCAUCUGUCCCUGUGACCACAGACACCAACACCGUCGCCCCUGUUGCAGUCAGGAAGCCACCGCAGCAACAGGACUCUAAGGCCGGCAUUCACUGGGAAAGCGGACCACCACCCUAUCAGCCAUGAGCAGACAAAACGUCGAAAUGAUUCAUGUCUGAAGCUGGCUGAUUCCAUGGCGUUUGUUUGACAUGCUUUUAUAGGGUGUCAAAAUGUAUGAAUAUGUAUGCUUAGGAUGGCGUUAUAUCUGCAAACAUGGUCACGACUGACCGCACAUCUAUACAUACCACGGGUUAUUCAUGUGAUUCCCUAAAUUCAUUUCAUUGAUUUCUGUCGAUCGGUCCUUCUGUGUUAACGGCAUCACAUGUCUAAACCACGUCCAGCACUUUGUCGAAUCUCCACAGCACACCAUUUCUGUUCAAAGACGGUCGUUCAUUCUGUAUCUAAUCAUACCCACUUCUCCCUCAGGU